CAUGCAGGAUAAGUCAUCAACUGCCGAGCAGGGAAGUUCGUGACGAAUCGAAUUUACUGUAAGUUCGCUCAUCUCUAGUAAUGACUUCUCGGCUGCAGUUCGGCUCACAAUUUGGAUCACUCCUAAUAUCAAAGGGAAUAAUGAAAUGUAUAUUAGGUAAGUGUGGUCUAUGCAGCACCCUGAUAUAUAAGUGUGGUGUAUUCACUAUUGGCUCAUACAUAUCCUGCUGAAGGAACUCUGUGCAUUGCAUUUUAUUAAUAGUACAUUUAUUAUCCAAAAUGCUUAGGGUUUUUUGGAUUUUAUUUGCUUCAGAAUGAUAUAGAAGUGAAGUCACCCCCCAUGUCUGAUCAUGUCUAUAUCUCUAAUAGACCAAUUUUUCCUUUUGAUUUGUUUGGUUUCUGAUAAUCCAGAUAUCUGAGCUCUUAAACCUGUAAAUACAGUUCAACUGUCAAAUGCAUUUUCAUGAAUUUAUUCCCAACAAUUUAAUAUAUAAAAUCAUACAGUUUAGUUUACACUGCGCCAAUUGAGUGAGGAAAACGGAUGAAAUUUAUUUUUAAUUUCAUUGUUUGUUGUAUUAAAAUAAUUGAAUCUUAAUAAUCUAUUAUUAUUAUUAUUAUUACACUACUAUAAAUUGUCUGUGGUUUACCUCCUUUCAUCUUCACUUGUGAGUCAGUGACCCACACCUUGGAGCUGAAUGGUCCAUUGUAGACGUCUAUACAUGUUGUUGACUGCUUAAAGCGGUACUCUGCUGCUCAGCGUUUCCGAACGCUGGAGCCGGCUCUGGGAGCUUGUAAUGUCAUAGCCCCCCUCAUGUCAUGAGGGGUCGGGGCUAUGAUGUAAUCAUCUCCCGGCUCCAGCAUUGGGAACAGUUUGUUCCAAACGCUGAGCAGCGAAGUACCCCUUUAAGGGCCUAUGUGCAAACUUUACCAAGAUAGAAUUGUUGGAUUACAUCAUUUUUGUCUCUUUAAGGUAUGAUAAUAUUUACAGGUGUGGUCUGAUAUGACACUGGCUUUUGGCACAAGAGGACAUAAUAAUGCUUCCACCGCUUACACUAUAAAAACUCUCUGAGGCUACUUUUGGAUAGUGUUACUUAUUGGUGCAAGAUCAUUGACUUGUAGACAUGUCUCUAUAAAGCACUCUAUAAAACACUCGCAUUGCCCAAUUGACAGACUAUCAGAGGGGGUGCAUACAUUUUUAUUUUUUUUUGAGAAGCAGCAUUGUUGUUUCAAUAGAUUGCCCACGAUCUGCAAAAUUCUGACUAAGCUGUUAGGAGGUGUUGGGAACAGUGGUUAAGGGAGGGCAGUGGUCACAUGGCGAACAGGCCCAGACGGACCCCCCAGUAGAGAGGAGCUCCCACAGUUUUCUUAUCCACCAUCCAGACACUAAUAGCAUAUUUUAUUUAACACCCCUUUCUCUUCCCAGACCAUUUUCAGGCGAUUAACAGAGGAAAAUGUGUCAAGGCGCCCAUUACGUGUCCAGCUGUUGAAAGACAGUCAUUCCCACCUUCAUUUGUAGUGGUCUUGUGAAUGAGAAACCUGGACUGGUACCAUAUUGUCUUUAGCGACAAAUCAGGUUCUGUUUGGGAUCUGACAACGAUCGGGUUCCAGUAUGGAGGCCUCAUGCAGAGAAGACACAGCAUAGGAAAUGUGAAGGUGGAAAUGCAGUUUGUAGAUUCCAGUCAAUGUUUCGUUUUUUUUCGCACAAUGUAGCCCACACCUCCCAUUCAUGCAACGCUCCUGAUUCCACAAGGAGUCUUGCCAAUGUGCAUGAAUUACAUAGAGGAUUUUACGCUAUAGAGCAUGAAACUGGAUCUGACACAGAGCAAAAAACAGGAACAGCAGUUCUGCUCUAUACAGGUCACAUCAGAAAAUGGCGCCCUCUUUAUCAUCAAUCCACUCUUUCUGCAUGAACAUGGAGACAAAUGGCUCACACAUAUGUCAGACAUAUCUGCGAAAGAGAAAAGAAAGAGUGUGCCCUGGUGUUCUCAAAGAAAGCUUGAAAAAAUCCACCCUGAACCAGCAAUGGAAGAUAUAAAUGGCCACCAUCACAGUUAUACAGAAGAACAAUCAAAUGUUAAUGAGGCGUGCAACACAGAAGACUUGGAUACAUCCAUUAACCAGGAGACGGCUGAAGAGGCGAGUCGUGAAGUCCUAGACCAUUUUGGGUCACCUUUACAGGACUCAGUAUUUGUCAGGAAAUCUGUUGUAAGAAAACGUAAUGGGUCCAAUAAAGAUCGCUUGACACAAUUCCAAGAUCCAGAGGAAGGCUCCGAUGAUAGGCAUAGCACACCUUGGAUAGUCCAUGGGAAGAGACAUUCCGUAGUUCCCCACAGAGUUUCAUGGAUUGAGGAACAAGAACAUAUUUCAGGCACCACUUUGACAAAGGCAAAUUCGGACUCCUCUCUAAACUCCUCAGACAGCUUCUUACUGCCGCCAUUGCCAGAGCUGGACUCGGUUUCUAUCAGCAGUAUUGAAGAAGAGGGGGAGUGCAGCUCCCUGAGGCAUAACCGGAAGCAUUCACAUGGACUUGGGGACAUGGUCAGACAUAGCCUUCUAGCAGUCAGUACUGCACUCACUGGACUUGUUUCCUCGGAAAAGUAUCUUAAAAACAGAAUCCAGCUGCUUACAGAAGACUCAUCUACAUAUAUUGGAAGUACAGUACAGACAUUCAUAUUCCAAAUGAAAAAGGCGCCUGUACAGUAUAUCUCUACCACAGAAAUGCUACAAGCCGUACGCCAGCAGAUCACCAACAUCAAGAACUGUCUGUACACCAGCAAUGACAUUUUGGAAGUUGUGGAGCAUCAAGAAAUGGAUGACUCAACAAUAGCUUUUAUCAUCGAAACCUCCCUUUACAAGUGUCUGCUGAAACCUCUGAAAAAUGUCAUUUACUCACAACUCCUGGAAAUGCGCAACAGAGAUGGAUCCUUGGUCAGAUUGCUAGAUAACCAAAAGAAGAUGAAGGCUAGCUCUCUUACGGAACAGAGACCUCGUGCGGGAAUACCUGGACCGAGCACUAUGGAGAAGAUUCAACAGAAGUUGUCCCUCAUGCACAUGGCCUAUUCUCCAGAGAAGAAGAUACGGCUCUUGUUGAAAGUAUGCAAACUCAUUUAUGAGGCCAUGGAAAGCCUCAGUGAAAAGAAAGAAGCCUUUGGUGCCGAUGACUUCCUACCAGUUCUCAUCUAUGUUCUGCUGGGUUGUGACCUAACCUCUCUGCAGCUGGAUGUAGAGUACAUGAUGGAGCUCUUGGAUCCUAUACAGCUUCAGGGAGAAGGUGGUUACUAUCUGACUACUUUGUUUGGAGCCUUGUAUCAUAUAAGCAGCUUUAACACAGUGACAAGGCAACUUAGUCUGGAGGCCCAGAAUUCUAUUCGCCAAUGGCAGCGCAGACGGACUGUUAAUUACAAACAUCAUUUUCAAAAACAAAGAAAAUUUACCACUGACACAUAGAAAAAGACGUUACUCAUUUAGUGGCCCCUAAUUCUUGUACUGUCAAGCUGAACUGCUCCCUCCUCCUUCACCUGAAAUGCUCCUUC